GGCCAAUGUAAAUCGCCAUCAAUUCACGUGGGUCUUUCAAAACAAGUUGCUUUCCCGGUGUAUUGUUGUUCCUGCGGUUUCCAAAGGAAAUCAAGCGACACUACAGUACUGUAUUUACAGGCAAUGAUUUUCGAGUGAAGCACGUGAAUCAGAAGUCAUCAUGGAGGAUGAUGGGAAACCGCUGUUGGGUUCCAUUCAAGCAGCAGAAGAAGAUUAUUACUCGGACCAGGUAGACUUUCUGGACUCGAGACAAAGAAGGCCUUUUCAUGUAGAGCCCAGGAACAUCGUGGAGGACUCGGCUCAGGAGCAACGCGUGUCUGCUGAGGCUUCAGUGCUGAACAGCAGAGUUCAUUACUACGGACGUCUGACUGCAUCAUCAGACAGGCUGCUGGCUCCUCCUGACCAUGUGAUCCCUUCACCUGAAGAGCUCUACGUUUACAGCCCUCUGGGCACAGCGUUUAAAGUUCAAGCCGGAGAUGGCUCGGUCAAAAACCCAAGUAUUGUCACUAUCUUUGCUAUCUGGAAUACAAUGAUGGGAACAUCCAUUCUGAGCAUGCCAUGGGGAAUAAAGCAGUCUGGGUUCACGUUGGGAAUCCUCAUCCUCAUCCUAAUGGGCUUAAUCACACUCUACUGCUGCUACAGAGUCCUGAAGUCCACAAAAUCAAUACCUUAUAUAGAUACUUCAGACUGGGAGUUCCCUGAUGUGUGUAAAUAUUACUUCGGGAGAAUGGGACAGUGGUCAAGUCUGUUCUUUUCUAUGAUAUCACUGAUUGGAGCCAUGGUGGUCUACUGGGUGCUUAUGUCCAACUUCCUGUUCAAUACGGGAAAAUUCAUCUACGACUACGUUCACAACGUCAACAUGUCCGAUUCGGAGUUCGGCACAAAUGGAACAGAGAGAGUGCUUUGCCCAUACCCAGAUGUGGAUCCCGAUAUUAACAAAAGCCUUAGCCAGCACUACGUGAGCGGUAACAGUUCAGACACGGCACUGUUUGAUCACUGGUGGAACAAAACCAACACGAUUCCUUUAUACCUCAUCCUGCUGCUUUUUCCGCUGCUCAGCUUUCGCUCGGCCUCCUUCUUCGCCAGGUUCACCUUCCUGGGCACUCUUUCAGUGAUCUACCUCCUCGUCCUGGUCACCCUUAAAGCCUUUCGGCUAGGCUUUCACCUGGAGUUCCAUUGGUUUGAGUCUUCAAAUUUUUUUGUCGCAGAGUUCCGAGUCUUGUGUCCUCAACUCACCGGUGUCCUCACGCUGGCUUUCUUCAUCCACAACUGCAUCAUCACCCUCAUGAAAAGCAACAAGAAUCAGGAGAACAACGUUCGGGACUUGUCCUUGGCCUACCUUUUAGUAGGUCUAACAUACCUCUAUGUGGGAGUCCUGGUGUUUGUUUCAUUUCCUUCUCCACCACUUUCUAAAGACUGCAUUGAACCAAACUUUCUGGAUAACUUUCCCAGCAGUGAUGUUUUGGUGUUUGUAGCUCGAGCCUUUCUGCUGUUCCAAAUGACCACCGUCUACCCUCUGCUGGGGUACCUGGUUCGGGUGCAGAUCAUGGGCCAUUUCUUUGGCAAUCCCUACCCCAGUUUUUUCCAUGUCUUCGGGCUGAACGUUGUACUUGUGACUGCUGGGGUCCUAAUGGCCUGUUUUUUCCCCAACAUUGGUUCCAUUAUCAGGUAUUCAGGAGCAACAUGCGGUUUGGCCCUGGUGUUUGUCUUCCCUUCAGCUGUCCACCUGAUGGCCCUGAGACGUAGUGGUGAAUUGCGAUGGCUCUCUGCUUGCUUCCACAUUUUCCUCAUCGUCCUCGGGCUGGCCAACCUUCUAGCCCAGUUUUUUCUGUAACCCUGUCACAUUGUUUACACGGUUGUAGUUCUGGUUUUAGAACCAGGUGCUGGUUGUUGUAAUACAUUUAGUAAAAGACACAACACGAAUGAUUGCAGGAAAGAAAAUCCACAAUGGCAAUAAUCACUUUUGUUUAAAUUGAAAAUCAACCAUCGGGAUGAUUCGAUCGUGUUGGGAUUUACCUCGUGUUAAUUGUCCCACUGUGGUGAGGUUUAGCCCACACCCUGGAGGUCCGUGAUUGCACCAGGUAUCAUCUGUACAUCAAGCAGGUGACUUUAAUCUGUUUUUUUUUCCCUGUAUUUCCACUGCAUUUUUUCAGUCGUAUUACUAUGUGAGUGGACAGAAAGUUCAUGUCACACAUUGACGCUUUCAUUUUUGUUUCUCUGAACUGUCAACUGAACCGAACCUUUCAUACAAAUGAGCAAAAGAGAUUACACACUUGACACGUGGAAAUUCAGGAGAAAAUCUCAUCACUUGGAAAUACUCACACCUCACUCACUUACACUCACACUUUCUCUCAUAUUUCUCUCACUCAUUCUGAAAAUGUAUGGAUAUGUGGACAAAAGCAUUGGGACACUGACUUUUCCAUCCAUAUGUGCUUUUUCUCCCAAACUGUUCCCCAAACUUAGAGGCACAUAAUUGUGUGUCUUUGGAUGUGCCACUAAAUUUAGCCUCGAACUAGAAAACCCAAACCUGUUCCAGCAUGACCAUGCCUCUGUGUACAAAACCAGCUCCGUGAAGAUCUGCUUUACAUGGGUUGGAGUGGAAGAGCUGCUCCAGAGCAUUGAACCUCAGCUAUAUUGAACACUUUCGGGAUGAAUGUAAACACUGACUGCACCCCAGGACUCCUCACCUCACCUACAGCAGUACAUGACUUUACUAACACCCUUGUGGCUGAAUGAUUCUCCUCACAGUUCCCCCCAUCCACACACUAAUCUAGUGGAACAUCUUCAAAAGUGGAGGUUAUUAAAACAGCAAAAAGGGAAUAAAUAUGGAAUUGGAUGUUCAAAAACUAAAUACAAA